AUGCAAACCAAAACAAAUUAACAACUUUUAUUAUUAUUUAAUAAAAUGGAUGAUAUAUUUAACAAAUCCGAGUCUGAUGCGUCGAAAUUAAACGGCACGCAAUCAGACGAAGAUCUUGUCGAUGACGACGAUUCGAGAGAAUUGGGUUUAGCAAUAGAAGAAAACAUAAGGAAUCACAAUGCUAGUAUGAACAGUACGAUUAGUUCCUCUAGUUUCUUAGAUACUAAGCAAGAAGAUAUUUUAGAUUUAGAUUCGGAUAUUAUUCUGCCGCAAGUGUCACAAUCUCACCAUGCGAAUCUCUUGAAAGCCAAGAAAGAAACGAAAAACAGGAGAGAAUUGGAAGAGGAGGAAAGGGAAAAGAUGCAGGUCUUAGUGUCUAAUUUUACAGAAGACCAGUUAGAUAGGUACGAGAUGUACAGAAGAUCAGCUUUUCCUAAAGCAGCUAUUAAAAGGUUGAUGCAAACUAUAACCGGUUGUUCCGUGUCACAAAACGUGGUAAUCGCAAUGGCUGGUAUAGCAAAAGUAUUUGUCGGAGAAGUAGUCGAAGAAGGUUUGGAUGUUAUGGAAGAGUUAGGAGACUCGGGGCCCCUGCAACCUAAGCAUCUUCGAGAGGCUGUACGAAGAAUGCGACAUUAUGGUGGAAUUCCUAGCGGUAGAGAUUACAGGACUCAUUACAGGAUUUAAAUUGUAUAAUAUAGUAUUUGUAAUUUUAUUUUUAUCAACUCGUUGCAUAUUGUAAUAUACUGUGAAAU